AUGGUAACAACAGUGCGCCGGGGAAACCGGUUGGCCCAGCAACUACUAACACCAGCACCACCAGCAGCAGCUGCAGCCUGCUGUUGCAGUCAUCGUCGUCGGGUUAGACUCAGGAGAGCUCAACAUUUCAGACCUACCCGGUCCGUCGGGUUGUCGUUGCGCAAUCGCCGUAGCAGCACGCAGACCAUCGGACGGCGAGAGCGGCCCGCGGCCAAACUGGUUGCGUUUUGCGAACCCAUGGAAACAAAAUAG